GUGAGAAAAAAUUUUUAUUUUCAUGGCGGCCACACACCUUUUCCUCCUCAUGUAUAAAACGGCGCCAGGCCGAAAGUAUUCUUUUCUCGCAUGCUGGUGCUCCCUUUUUUUAAAAACACCCUCUGUCGCUCGUUUUUUCUCGCCUGUCGUUAUAGUAAGGCCCCUGUUGCGCACACUCCUUUUCCUUUUCCUUUUUCGGCCUGGCUCCAGCACAAACAGCUUUUCUACAUCUUCACGACCCAUUCAAAAGCAGAGGCUCCAUAUAUACACUCUGUUGGAGUAAGCGCUACACAUGCAUCGAGUAUCUCUGCCCAGCAUCCACGAGAUAACGUACGGGCUCCCGGCGACAUCACCGGCGCCGGCGCCACCAGCACCACCACAGCAGUACGAGCACGCGUACGUGCCGCAGUACCAAUACCCGCCGCCGCCGCACGCGGCGCCUCCAUACAAGGAAGAGGAGGUGGUGGCGGGCGAGUACGGGAUUCCCGGAAUCAUCAACAACUACGACCAGCGGUCGGCCACCAGCGUCCACAUAGUGUCGCCGUUCCACCAGCCGGCCAGCCAAGGCUCGCUGCCCACGCCGCCCCUCAACACAAUGCGGCCGACCACACGCUCCCCGCCGACGGCGGCCGAGACGGCGGCGGCGGUGGCAGCAGCCCGGUCGUCGGUCAAUGUGGAAUUGUCGCUGGCAGAUUUGGACGAGGACGACGUGGACGACGAGCGCAUGACAACAGCCAAGAUUCGCACUAUCCACAAGCUGGCAGAGAGGCGGCGGCGCAAGGAAAUGAAGAACCUGUUUGACGCGCUCAGGAAAACGCUGCCGGUGGAUAGGAGCGUAAGGCUCAGCAAGUGGGAGGUGCUGAAGAAGGCCAUUGAGGUCAUUGGCGCACAGGACCAAGAAAUCCGGGUCCUGCGUGCCCACGUCCACGCGCACCAGCGCGCCGUCCUCGACCGCUGACCCCCACCCAAGCAACAACACAAACCUUUAAUUGUACCUUUGUUUCCUUCUUCCUUCCUUUUGUAUGUCUGCCAUUAUAUUGGCCAAUCCAACCUGUCUGUGCACAAUACA